AUGGACUGGGACUCUGAGAAUAACAUUUGUGACACAGGUAAGCAGGAGCUUCCUGCAGAGCUGUGGGGUGAAGACAAAGAAACCUGUGAGACCUACUCCCAGAAACAAGGCGAGAAUGCAGCCAGGGUGUUUGUCCCCUCCGGUACCAACUUUGACCUGCAGUGUGAAGAUAAAGACUUAGAGCAGCGUUCCUCUGAGCGGUCCAAGAAACCACGGAGGAGCCUACGUGACAGUAACAUGAACGCCGUUCUUGCUGAUGUGUUUGAUGAGGACCUGGAGCCUGUCUCCGAGGAGGCUUUGCCGUAUCGGUGCAAGAAGUGUGGUUCUUCUUUCCAGGGUACGAGCGAGCUGCAGGAACAUAAGCGAACUCACCUUGUGGAAAACUCAUACCGAUGUCCCGUCUGCGCCAAAGAGUUCUUCCGGGCGGCGAAUUUGCGAAUGCACAAGCUCAUCCAUUCGAGUGACAGGCCGCACAAAUGCCCGGAGUGUGACAAGGGUUUCAUUCGCACGGCCGAUGUCUGGAGGCACCUACGCAGCGUGCACAAGAUAGAGCGCUCCAUGGUGAUCCUGGGAAACGGCAUGGCGAGGAACCCCUGGUCCAUCGUGCGCCACAACCAACACGCCGUCGAGUGCCCCGACCAGCCUUGCGCUGAAAACCGGAAGUCUGAGGAGGAUGACUACAAACCUCACGCCUGCCCGACGUGCGGCAAAAGUUUCGACAAGCCCAACCUCCUUUCCAAACACAAAGUGAUCCACCGGCAGGACAAGCCCUACAAGUGUCAGGAGUGCGGCAUGGCGUUCGUCCAGCUGCUCAGGCUGAAAAGACACCAGCAGACUCACUCCGGGGAGCGACCCUUCUACUGCGAGGAGUGCGGGGGGACGUUCACGCGGCUGGCGUCGCUCCAGCGCCAUUACCGCAUCCACACCGGAGAGAAGCCCUACUCUUGCAGCUACUGCGGCCAUUCCUUCACCGAGUCGGGUACCCUGCGGAGGCACGAGCGCACGCACAAACUGGACAAAUCUUAA